UAACUGUAUUCAUUAAAUGUGUAUUGUGUACAUUCAAAUGUGAGUAAUGAUUUGAUUGGUUCCUCUCUGCGCUUGGAGUCCACCUAUCUUUCAUCAAAUUGACAUGACCUAUCGCUGUUGACAUCCAUAACCCCUUGCGCUGUGGGCUACGAGGUCUCCCCCACCCGUCCAAUAUAAAUACAGGGAUAACACUUGUCAAGGCACACAACUUCUGCCCUUUUUCACUUGAAACGGAUCUCUACGGGCAUAACAGGGAUCUAAUAUCCUCCGUCGCAAUGAAAGGUGUGAGGACUAUUGCAGCUUAUGCACUUGUUCUUUUAUUUCUGGCAACGCUCGUCUCCCAUUCGUUGAGCGCACCGAAGGGCAGUUUCCAGAGGAGAAAUUGGUCGCCUCAGGCAAUGCUGUACCUCAAGGGCACCCAGGGACGGCGGUUUAUCAGCGAGGACAGAAAAGAGGGAGAUGUAUAUGACACAUUACAUUUAGAGACUCGCAGUCAGAACACAGAGAAACUCACUGUGAACCAGGCAGCCACAGUCCUGCUCAACUUCCUGCAGCAAGCCAAGGAGGACGGAGAGGAAAAUCCUGAACAACUGUACUUUCAAGACUUGCCGGCAUGGAAAAGAGAGUACUUCUGAUGUAUUUUAUAAUGUAUUUGUUAUUGUUGAUAACAUUCUAAUCUGUUGCAUCUGUUGAUCUCUUGUUGUUGGAUGUAGAAUAUUUAAUGUGAUGUGAGAAAAACACUGGACUGAAAAUGUUUGAAUGUAUUGUUUAAUAAAAUGUUUAAUAAAAUUAUUUUGA